CAAAAACGAUCAUACGAUCGAGUGGUUUGCUGACAUCGACAGAUCGAGCUUUGAAAGUUUAGUAGGUAUUUUUCUAAAAUCCAUUCAGUAUCUAUCUUCUCUUCCAGUGCAGUGUCGUCCUUAGCAUUACAUGAAACAUCCGAUGCCUUUCUGUCCUGUCCUACCGCAGAACAAACCCUAUCGAAGCUAGGGACAGGAUGUGAGCUAAGAAACCUGAAGAGCUUGUAUCUUGUGCAUACGAUUGGAUUUGUUUCUGAAAACCAGCAGGCGAGCUAGUCACGCGAAGAGCGGUCGCAAGAUAGGUCAACUGGCCAGGGCAUAGAGAUCAGGCAGAGGCCGGGUCUAUCUGUGUGUGUCCGCACGCUUGCAGUGAAGAUGGCAACGGCCGCUGUCGGCACUGCGCCCGCUCCGCUGGACGCUAACGGUCCGAGACUGUCGGCACUUGAAGUGGCUCACCUGCAGCCUGUUCUAGAGGAUUGCAUAGACAAGCUAGCAAUUAUUGGUUACUUGAUGCCUCACGGUCAAGGCAAGCUAGGGCAGAGUGGCGCACUACUGCAGAAAAGUGCUCCAAAGACAUCUGGCAUUGACAGCAUCAUCCGUGGACAGGACAGUCUGGAGGAGCAGUUUCAGCGUGUCAUGGAACUACGAGAUUCCCGAACAGCAGAACUGCCGGAAAACCAGGACUCUUUCAUCGAUGAACUUCGCACGCUGGCGAAGAACCUUCAGGGAAUCUCAGGAAUGUCUGGAAGUAAAGUGGAAGAGCUCAACGACCAAACGACCAAGGACAAUCUUGUCAAGCUGCACUCUCACAGGGAAGACAUGCGACAGCUGUUUCUUGCACUGCAGUCUGAGCUUCAGACGAGUGGCGAAUACCCAUGUUUGAUGAAGAAAGUGGACUCGGCCGUGAAGCAGCGAGAGAGUGAAGAAUUUCUUGUCGAAAAUGAGGCGGUGAGCAAGGACUACCUGGAAAGACUUCAAAAGGACGAGGCAACCCUGCAGCUGAAAGCUGACCUCGAGCUAGGGGCUGUGAAUGGUAAAAUCGCUAUCCUCAAGGACCAGAUUCAGGAGAAGAAGGCACGACUCGCGGCAGACGAGAAGUACAUUGCAGAAACCGUGUCGGAAACCGUGACCACAGCAGAGGACAAGCAGUAUGUCGAGGAGAAGAGGCUGAGGAGUGAACUGAAGAAGUUGGCGGCAGACAUCAAACGCAACAGCGAAGAUCAUGAAGAAACCAUGGUACUCUUGGGAAAGUUGUACGAGGAACUAUCUGCAAAGCUGAUACACUGGAGCAACAAGUAUGACGAAGACACCAUGGAGCUGCAAGAGCGAUUGGAUGCGCUGCAGGCCCAAAAGGAAUCAGAUUUACAGAAGCUCCAGGCUAUGACCGAGACGUAUAAAGAGUAUGAGAAGGUGGUAGACGAGGAUCGAGAGGAGAAGGAGAAGCUCGCUCGAAAGCAUGCCAGAGAGCUGCUAGAAAUUGCCAGCGUCACGAAGAUCCAAGCAUGGUGGCGGGGUCUUUUGGUGCGACUCAAGCUUGGACCAUUCAGCACGAAAAAGAAGAAGAAGGGCAAGGGUAGUGGCAAGAAGAAGAAAGGCAAAGGCAAGGGUAAAGGAAAGAAGAAGAAGAAGAAGUGAGCGAUGCUAUCGACGACUCCAAGCAGUGCUGGUUGCUGGUGAUCAAUCAUGGCCUGGGUGGCAACGGCUGUUGUGAUGUGCCUUCCUUCUGCCGACACUGUGCACGUAGAGUAUGCAGUAUUACUCCUUUGAGUAUGAUGCAGGCAACCACAGCACAGCACUACCGCUGACACGAUGAUAGGGAUUCUGCUGGAACACCUACCAUCCUUGAUUCACUGAGCGUUGUGAAGGAAUGGAACACCUACCAUCCUUGAUUCACUGAGCGUUGUGAAGGAAUGGAACACCUACCAUCCUUGAUUCACUGAGCGUUGUGAAGGAAUACUGCAGUGUUUUGUAUUGUAUACUUUUAAACGCCGGGCUCUCCAGAGGCAAGUGGAUGAUGCCUAUCGAGGACAUUUCGUAGAGAAAACUGCAGAUGAAAAAGCAUGAACGCUAGAAAAUGCUUCAAAUAAAGUUGAUUGUGCAAUAAUAGUAUUUGCCGUUGCUGCACAUUUUUACUAUAGACACGAAUCCCCUUUACUAGUAGUCACCUGUAGUCUUGUACACGCAUGGCUGGCUGACUGGCAGAUGUCUAGCCUAUAUUGUCUUUUCCCGGGCACACUGGUAUUUUCAAGUCCUUAUUUCAACACUGCGGGAUCUCUCUCUUUCUCCUCUUU